UAUCAAUCAGUCCACAGUCCAGCCAUUGCGUCUUCGAUAAGCCGGCUCGUGCUCCACUCGACUAGACUCCGACGAUACUUGCUUGGUGAGUGAGUACACUACACAGUAGUUAAUAGUUGGUGGUUGCUGCUGGGCCUUCUUAGCUAAUCGCACCCGGCCAGCCCUUGUGGUUCCCCACCCCUCUUCGCCUCUGCCUCUGCGGCCCUUCAUAUUUCCCCCCCUCUGCCUCCUCCUCCUCCUCCUUCUUCUCUUCUUCUCUCCAGUUCAAUUCCUUCCUCUCUCCCCCCCCGGAAACACCGCCAAUCUGUUUUCCUCCGCCUUUCGUCGUUUUCCCUUCUCCACCCUUCGCUCCUCCCUGGGACUGACCGCCGCCGCCGCGUCGUCCUUUCAGCAAAACUCCUCCCCUUCGACCCUCACGACGCCCCUGCGCGUCAAUUCCACCUCCUCCGCCAGAAUGGUGCACACCAACGUUGUUAUUAUCGGCUCCGGCCCCGCCGCCCACACCGCGGCCAUCUACCUCUCGCGCGCCGAACUCAAGCCCGUCCUCUAUGAGGGUAUGCUGGCCAACGGCACCGCCGCCGGCGGCCAGCUCACCACCACCACCGACAUCGAGAACUUCCCCGGUUUCCCCGACGGCAUCGGUGGUGGCGAGCUGAUGGAGAACAUGCGCAAGCAGUCCGUCCGCUUCGGCACCGAGGUCAUCACCGAGACCAUCACCAAGGUCGACUUCUCCCAGCGCCCCUUCAAGCUGUGGACCGAAUGGAGUGACGGUCCUACCGACGAGCCCGCCCACACCGCCGACGCCGUCAUCAUCGCCACCGGUGCCAACGCCCGUCGUCUCGACCUCCCCGGCGAGCAGAAGUACUGGCAGAACGGCAUCAGCGCUUGCGCCGUCUGCGACGGUGCCGUGCCCAUCUUCCGCAACAAGCCCCUCUUCGUCAUCGGCGGUGGUGACUCCGCCGCCGAGGAGGCCAUGUUCCUGGCCAAGUACGGCAGCAGCGUCACCGUCCUGGUCCGUCGCGACAAGCUCCGUGCCAGCAAGGCCAUGGCCAACCGCCUCCUGGCCCACCCCAAGGUCACCGUCCGCUUCAACUCCGUCGCCACCGAGGUGCUCGGCGAGGACAAGCCUAACGGCCUGAUGACCCACCUCAAGGUCAAGAACGUCGUCUCCGGCGAGGAGGAGACCGUCGACGCCAACGGUCUCUUCUACGCCGUCGGCCACGACCCCGCCACCGCCCUCGUCAAGGGCCAGAUCCAGCUCGACGAGGACGGAUACAUUGUCACCAAGCCCGGCACCAGCUUCACUAGCGUCGAGGGUGUCUUUGCCUGCGGUGACGUCCAGGACAAGCGCUACCGCCAGGCCAUCACCAGUGCCGGAUCCGGCUGCAUUGCCGCUCUCGAAGCCGAAAAGUACAUCGCCGAGCGCGAAUCCGGCGAGGAGGAGGCCCCCGUCGUCGGUACCAAGAAGGACACCGAGGGCACCGGCGCCGAAUACAAGUCCAACCCUCUGCUCUAAGCAGUUCAUUCUCCCACCAUAACCAUCUAUUCCGCUCAUCAUCUCCUCACACUCCUCCAAUCCCAAUCUCGAUCCCGUUUCUCCUCCUAUUUAGAUCAGGUUCAGGUUUUCCCCAUUUAGACAACCGGCUUAUGGGUCUUGCAUUUUCAUUUUCAUUCCCUCUUCCUCUUUCUCAUUUCUAUAUUUCCCUCUUAUUUGCGGAAUGCUCACCUUACGGCUGCUUAUAUCUCUUACUAGACUUCUAGCGAUUCUGUUCAUGUUGAUUUUGUUUUCUUUUCUCUCUGUUGGUGAUACACGGAAUCCUGAUGGGGUUCGAUCGAUUGCAUGAAUGCGAAUGCGAAUACACAUAUAUAGAGUAGAGGAGAAGAAGCAAAGCAAUGAAAAUAAUAAACAAAAUACAUUUAUAGAGUACUGUUUGCCGAAGAUGUUUUCCUUUGUCUCUUUUCAAUAGUUUGGACCUUUCUUUCCCUUUCCUGGUCUUUGGAGGGAGGUCGGUUGGU